CCAAGCAAGACCUAACUGCAUUACCCCCUGAAUCUCUCUCUCUCCCCCUCUCUUAUCGCCAAUGGCCGCGCCGGGCCACAUUUUCACUCUGAAUCUCACUCCGUCGCUUCCUUCCCGCCGCAAAUUAGCCCCUGCCGCCGCCUAUAAUGCUUCCGCCAACCGUUUUUCCGUCGCCGUCAAAUGCGACCACUCCGCCCAUUCCUCGUCGCAAAACCCUAAACCCAUAAAGUCCACGCCUCCCAAAUCCCUCGUCUCCGUCGCCAAAACUCUGGCCGUCUCCGCAGCCACUGGCAUCAUCUUCCACCUAGCGUCUUCGUCCUCCCUUUCUGUCAUCGGAAAUGGCCCCGGCGGAACAGGCGGAGGUGGAGGUGGCGGCGGCGAUGGUCAGGGCGGAGGCGGCGGUUUCUGGUCGAGGUUGUUCUCUCCGGCGGCGAUUGCGAGGGACGAGGAGUCGCAGGAAUGGGACUCUCAUGGCUUGCCGGCUAACAUUGUAGUCCAGCUCAACAAACUCAGUGGCUUCAAGAAAUACAAGGUCUCGGAGAUAUUGUUCUUCGACCGCCGCCGGUGGGCCACCGUCGGCACGGAGGACUCCUUCUUCGAGAUGGUCUCGCUCCGUCCCGGAGGAGUUUACACCAAAGCGCAGCUCCAGAAAGAGCUUGAGACCCUCGCUACUUGCGGGAUGUUCGAAAAGGUUGAUCUUGAAGGCAAGACCAAUCCAGAUGGGACAAUUGGAAUCACGAUAUCGUUCACGGAGAGUACGUGGCAAUCAGCUGAUAGGUUUAGGUGCAUCAAUGUGGGCCUGAUGCCCCAGUCGAAGCCGAUAGAAAUGGAUCCAGACAUGACUGAAAAGGAGAAAUUGGAAUACUUCAGGAGUCAGGAAAAGGACUAUAGGAGGAGAAUUGAGAGGGCGAGGCCCUGUUUGUUGCCAACGGCGGUGCACAGGGAGGUGAUGAAGAUGUUGAGGGAUCAAGGGAAGGUGAGUGCCCGGCUGUUGCAGAAGAUCCGAGACCGUGUUCAGAAGUGGUACCACGACGAGGGGUACGCCUGUGCACAGGUUGUGAAUUUCGGGAACUUGAACACUAAGGAGGUUGUUUGCGAGGUCGUGGAAGGAGAUAUCACUCAGUUGGUUAUCCAGUUCCAGGAUAAGCUUGGAAAUGUGUGUGAAGGGAACACCCAACUUUCAGUUGUGAGACGCGAGUUGCCCAAACAGCUUCGACAAGGGAAUGUGUUCAACAUAGAAGCAGGGAAACAAGCUCUGAGGAACAUAAACUCACUAGCUUUGUUUUCCAACAUUGAAGUUAAUCCAAGGCCUGAUGAGAAGAAUGAGGGAGGAAUUAUUGUGGAGAUUAAGCUCAAGGAACUAGAACAGAAGUCAGCUGAAGUUAGUACCGAAUGGAGUAUCGUUCCUGGACGAGGAGGCCGUCCUACACUGGCUUCCAUCCUUCCUGGUGGAACUGUUUCCUUUGAGCAUCGGAACCUGCAAGGGUUGAACAGGUCCAUUCUUGGUUCAGUAACCACUAGCAACUUCCUCAAUCCUCAGGAUGAUCUUUCUUUCAAGCUGGAGUAUGUCCAUCCUUAUUUAGAUGGUGUAUAUAAUCCUCGCAACCGCACCUUCCGUGCAAGCUGCUUUAACAGUAGGAAACUGAGUCCAGUCUUCACUGGUGGUCCAGGGGUGGAUGAAGUUCCCCCUAUUUGGGUUGAUCGUGCUGGUUUGAAAGCUAAUAUUACAGAGAAUUUUACUCGUCAAAGCAAAUUCACUUAUGGGCUUGUCAUGGAAGAGAUAACAACACGUGAUGAAAGCAGUCAUAUUUCUCCAAAUGGUCAGAGGGUACUGCCAAGUGGAGGCAUUAGUGCUGAUGGACCUCCAACUACACUAAGUGGCACUGGUGUUGACCGAAUGGCAUUUGCUCAGGCAAAUAUUACACGUGAUAACACCAAGUUUGUAAAUGGAGCGAUAGUUGGUGAGAGAAAUGUAUUCCAGCUUGACCAAGGACUUGGCAUUGGCAGCAAGUUUCCAUUUUUUAACCGCCACCAACUAACAGUGACAAAAUUUAUCCAACUAAGGCAAAUGGAGGAAGGUGCUGGUCAACCACCACCACCUGUGCUGGUACUUCAUGGCCAUUAUGGUGGUUGUGUGGGAGAUCUUCCUAGUUAUGAUGCUUUUACACUUGGCGGGCCUUAUUCAGUAAGGGGUUACAACAUGGGAGAGAUCGGUGCAGCCAGGAAUAUUCUUGAGCUUGCUGCUGAGUUGAGGGUACCUGUGAGAAACACACACGUAUUUGCAUUUGCAGAACACGGAAAUGAUUUAGGAAGUUCAAAGGAUGUAAAGGGUAACCCAACUGAGGUCUAUAGGAGAGUGGGUCACGGUUCCUCAUAUGGCGUUGGGGUCAAGCUAGGUCUAGUGCGAGCAGAAUAUGCUGUUGAUCACAACUCUGGGACUGGUGCCAUUUUCUUCAGAUUUGGCGAGAGAUUUUAGAUGCAAUAAAAGUUGCAAAAUUUUGCUAGGUAUAUUCAACACAUUGGAUUUCAGAAGGGUUCUUGAAGCUAAUAUAUAUCUGGCUCCCAAGCUGAGUUGUUCUGGACUACAGAGAUGUUUUACUGGGGUUCCAUGCUUUUGGCAGUUUGUUUCUAGUGAAUCGAUUUCCCCAAUAAUUUUAUAUUAUUGUUAUGAUCCUUUUGUUAUUAUUCCUUUUUUAACCUUUUAUUCUGUCAUGCGACACGGUGAACGGAGGAACAUUUGUCUCUGUUGGGCUAAGAGUUUUGCAGUAAGUUUCCCGCUCCCUCAAAAUAUUAUGGUGUCUACAGGUUGGGUUGAUUUAAUGGUAUUAUGAUGAUGUUGAUACAAUCAUUAUGAAUUUAUGAUGUUUAAAUACGAUGCAUUUUUAUUAUGCCUGAAAGUCGCCUGACCCCUCUCUCCUGGUUGCAUGGAGGGUGCAUUUUCACACGCAAAUGAAUUACCCUCAUGUGGUUGCUAAUUCUAUAAUAGUGUUGAGUUGCAUAGCUAGUUACGCGGAGGAUACACUUUCACGUUCAAACAGCUAUUCUUCUGUGUUGGCUUAACGUAUUUUGAACAAGAAUUUGUACCUUUAAUGAUCAUGAAUUAUGUUCCAAAGGGUUUUCCUUCCGCCAAAGCAAUGAGCUCUGAUAGGUCCAGUAGGAUGAUGCCUCAUUAGAGAGCAAGCUACUCGCAUGUGUAUUCUUGCGUUUUUCUUUUACAUUGAUCAACUGCUAAACAAAAGCUUUGUAGAUUUUGACUCCACAGAUAUUUCAUUACAAAAUCAUAAUCUCAAACAAUAAAUAGCUCCUUUUUUCAUCCGUCCAGCUGCUGUGUUUAAGUAAAGAACGCUUAAAGAGAAAAAAAUAAAAUAAAAACAAAGGCCUUUCAAAGAAAACAAUCUACCAUGAACUGUGAUUACCAGUCCUGCAAGAGCAAAAUGGCAGUCUGAACUUGACCCUGGGGAGGAGGAAUGUUAGCAAGGCCUUGGAAGAGAGCAGAGUUAAGAAAUGUGAAAUUCCAGCUUGCCCUUCUUUGCCAUUGAAUUGAAUACGAGGAGUAAGUUGGCGGGCUCUCU